CCAACAAGCUAAAGGAAGUUGAGCGCUCAUGCUAACACAGAGCUAAGUUGCUAAAAAAGUAAACAUGUCUCAGGCAUGACUUGUUAGCCGGACCUGACAGAAGAAAGUAUCGGAACAAUGAAGGAAGACAAAGAAAACACCCGGCCCAAGGAGAGAAAAGUGGAAAUAAAAUGCGAGGAUGGAGACAAGUCGGAGAAGUCUAAAGAAAAGAAGGAGGCCAUGACGAAGAUUGUGAUCCGACGAUUGCCCCCCAGUCUGUCCCGGGACGAGCUGGUGGAACAACUGCAGCCACUUCCAGAGUUGGACUACCUGGAGUUCUUCUCAAACGACACCAGCCUGUAUCCUCACCUGUACGCAAGGGCUUACCUUAACUUCAAAAACCAGGAUGAUAUCGUUCUCUUCAGGGAUCGAUUUGAUGGAUACGUCUUCAUUGACAGUAGAGGACAAGAAUAUCCUGCCAUUGUGGAAUUUGCGCCCUUUCAAAAGACGGCCAAAAAAAGAAGCAAGAAGAAGGAUGCAAAAUGUGGAACGAUUGCAGAAGAUUCAGAUUACAAAAGAUUCCUGGAUUACUAUAAUGGUGAUGAGGAAAAAAUGACUUCCACACCUGAGACUCUGCUGGAAGAGAUUGAGGCAAAAUCAAAGGAACUUGUUGCUAAAAAGACAACUCCUCUGCUGGAUUUUCUGAAGAAUAAGCAGAGGAUCAGAGAUGAAAAGAAGGAGGAGCGAAGACGAAGGGAGCUUGAACGCAAGCGUCUACGUGAUGAGGAGCGACGCAAGUGGCGGGAGGAGGAGAGAAGGAAGCGCAAAGGCGUUGAGAAGACAAAAAAGCUGGAGAAACCGUUGGAAAAAGACAACGAUCACGUUAAAGAGGAACCGAAAAUUAAGCUCCUGAAGAAGCCAGAAAGGGGUGAUGAUCCAGACUCGGAGAAACCAAGGGAAAAGAUGAAGAAGCCAGAGAGGCCAAACAAAGAAGAGAGAGUUGCUUUUGAGAGAAGACGUCACAAUGUCGAAAACAAAGAUGAUCGUGGGUGGAAAGCUGAGGAUGAAGGGCGGAAGGAAUUCAGGGAGCGUGAUGAACGUGAGCGGGAAAAGGAGAGACGUCUGAAGGAGAAGGAACGCCUGAAGCGUCAGGAGGAGAACCGCCGGAGGAAAAAGGAACACCAAGAAGGCGAGCCUGUCUUCAGGAAGCGGGAUGAGGAGUUCAAAAAGGAUAGAGAUCGUGUCAUAGAGAAGAAGAAAAGUGAGGGCGUGACUGACUUGCCUAAUGUGGAGAGAGUGGAACGACCUGCCAAAGAAAACACCAAGAAAGAGGACUCCGCAAAACGGGAGCGACUUCGCAAUAAAGAUCGUCCAGCAAUUCCGUUGUACCAGCCAGGCGCCAGAAGCCGGAACCGCGGAGGAGCAGCUGAUGCUGUGGACAAGAAGCCUGACACUGAGACAAAGAAAGUGGCUGAGGCAGAUCAAGACUGAGCAGAUUCUACUUGUCGAGGAGGUGAAGACCUGCAAGGCUCCAAGUGCAACACGUUGCCACACAAGCGCAGCAGCUCAGUCGAGAGGGCAGUGCCCGGUCUCCUGAUUCCAGACCGCUGUGGAGACAUUAAGUGCCUGAACCAGGUGGUCUCAUGUGUGAGGAAAGCAAAGAACAGAAGUGACCUUAUUUUAAUCCUCUCUCAGAUUCUAAGUGCUUUCACUCUGUUGCCUUGGCUCUUGUUAAUGUUAGGUUUCCUUCCGUAAACCACGUGAAGCCAGCUCAGUAGGAUUACUACAGUCUUGAGAGUUGAAGUGGGGUUUUCAGUUUUAAAAGAAAUAAAUCUAUCAAAGAUGACUAUGAAUUUUGUUUUUCAGGGUCCAAAUGUAAUUCUUUUUAGACAACACAUUGUAACACAUUUUUUCAGUCAGUAAGAUUCUUACUGAUGAGUGAACCUAAGUGAGUCCUGAUUGUAAACAUUGAAAUUAAAGA